AUGUCUGUGGGUUUUAUGCCUGACAGUCUGAAUGGCUCAGAUCCCUCCAAGUCGGCCUUUCUAGAAUUCGGACACGGACACUCGACACACCAGCAGCACUCCUCCGGACUCUCUCACGUUUAUCCGGUUCACGGCUUGCACGCUGCUGGCCAUUCCCAGCACGAAAGCCCUUUUCCUGGUACCGCGUCCUAUGGCCGCUCUUUGGGCUACGCCUACCCCGGCACGGUGAACACUCAUCCCCCGUCCGCUUACAUGCCCUACCAACACAGCAAUCACAGCAACAGCAGCAGUGUGGCCCACAGCAGAUUAGAGCACACAGACCACGACAAGUCCGCUGUGAUUGAAAACAGAGACAUUCGUCUAAAUGGCAAAGGGAAAAAAAUUCGCAAGCCUCGGACCAUCUACUCCAGUCUGCAGCUGCAGGCUCUGCACCAACGCUUCCAGCAGACACAGUAUCUGGCCUUACCGGAGCGCGCAGACCUUGCGGCCAAGCUGGGGCUCACACAAACUCAGGUGAAAAUAUGGUUUCAAAAUAAGCGCUCCAAGUACAAAAAGAUCAUGAAGCAUGGCAGCGGAUCAGAGGGAGAACAUCUCCACGGCACCAGCUCCAUCUCUCCCUGCUCGCCCGCAUUGCCCCAGCUAUGGGAGGUCUCCAUGGCGAACAAAGGAGCCCCGGUCCAUCCGAGCAGUUACAUGAACAGUUUCGGUCACUGGUAUCCGAAUCACCACCCUCAUCAUCAGGACGCAAUGCACAGGCCUCAGAUGAUGUGA